CGGGAGCAGCGGACAGCAGCCAAUGGUUGCGUAGCGGGGAGUCCCAGCAGACAUUGCGGCCUGACCCGGCGGUGGGCCUUCGCGCCAUGUCGGUGGUCUUCGUCCCGGAGCGACUCCGCGGCAAAGCCGAGGUGAACCAAGAGACGCUGCGGCGGCUGCUGGAAGAAAAUGAUCAGCUGAUUCGCUGUAUUGUGGAGUAUCAGAAUAAAGGAAGAGCUGCAGAAUGUGUGCAGCACCAGCACACAUUGCACAGAAAUCUUAUUUACUUGGCUACUAUUGCUGAUGCAUCUCUUUCCCCAAAUGUAGAGAAGACAGUCAUAGAGUGACACCAUUCCCAGCACAUCUGUAUUUGGAGAGAAUGAGACGGCUGAAAAAGUGACAGCAGGCAACUGCAGUUUAAGAAUCUCUGACCAAAAACUGCAGAACUGUGCUUCUUUAAAAGAGGACAUGCCUCUGCACGAUCAGUAAAUACUGUUUUAUUUAUCUUCUCUACCUGUGCAAAAGGAAAAAUGGCACUGAAUUCGGUUACAGUUAACAUCUUACUAUGGGAGGUCUUGGAGGAUAUUGUUUUCACAGGCGUUUUUUUAAAAUUGUAUCUCUUCACUUUCUCUUAUGCGAAGAAUGCUAAGCUUUGAUUGUAGAAUAUAAUUUAUAAUAAAACUAGAAUUAUCCUAAAUCCUUAGGGGUUCAGCAAUCUAAAGAUGUAAUAAGCUUUCAAGUGAAACGGGGGUUGCUGCAAACGAUACAUUAGUAGACUGCUUUCCAAACAGCUAUUUUGCAUGCCUUUUUCGUUCUCCUUUUUAGAUCCAUUAGCAGUCCGGAAGUGUUCCAUGUCAAUGAAGAAUCUAAGAUUCUUUUGAACCCCCAUCCCAUAAAAUCUGAAGUUUUUUGCCAGGGAAAUUGUUUAUCUACCCAUAGAAACAAUCAUUCUUUUUCAUUGUUAGAUGUCUGGAGGGAACAGCAUAACAGCCCUCAUAAUCUCUCAAUGUCAGAUUAAGCCAAAGUUUGUAAAUUCCAGUGAGCUGUUCUGAGGGAUUUGUCUGUCUUCAAAAGAUCUUGUCCUUACCAAGUAUCACCGUUACAUACCACACUGGAAGCUGAGCUGAGGAUCAUGGACUUUCUGGGGCACACAAGCAGAAUACAACCUAUUACACAAAACAUAUUUGAGUCCUGGAAAAGCAAAAUACAUGAGAAACAAACUCAAAAUAUCUCUGCCUUAAUUGCAUUAAGUGUAAGUUGAAGUAAAGAGGAGUUUUGACAAGCUUUCCAGAUUCUGUUAUAAUACCUUAACAGCAUUAGAGUACAUUCCAAGACUCUCA